UGUCUUGCGGCGCCAACACGUGCGGCCGCCGCGCCGGUCCCGGGUCUCGCAUCUCGCACUCUCGCAUUCACGCGGAGAACGUCGUACCGCGCGCAUCCCGCUCCGUCCGCUCGACAGGCACACAUCCGUUUUCCAACGGCAGGCAGGCAGGCAGACCUUCGCGCUAACAUUCGAAAAUCGAUAACCACGUGCCAGUGCUCACAAAUUGCUCGGUGCGUGCGUACGCGCGUUUGCGAAACAGCCGGUUCCUCGCGAUUGGCGGCUCCGCGCGACAACUCUCGUGGGUGCCGCGGGUGUUGGCUAUCGAUCCCGCCGCCGUCCCGCUUUCCUCGCCGUUCAUUGGCUUAGUCGUCGUACUCGUCGUCGUCGCGCCGGGGGCUGCGAGCGGUAUACAGUGUUGUGCCUUAUAACGUAACAUACUUAGAGAAUUACCAAGAAUUACCAUCUGUGAUUCCCCGCCCGUCGGAGGUCUCAACGAGAGAGGACGCCCUGCCCUCCCUCGCCCGUUUCUCGUUUGGUAUAUACUGACGGUCUUGUGACAUUAUCAAGGAACGCUGGAUCCUCGUGGCGACGGCAUGUCGGCGUUUUAAUUUCCUUCGUCCUUCAUGGGGCGAGUACCAUGUUCCUCUAACCGACGACGCUCGCAUUAUCAGGAAAGCUAAAGGAAACGAAAUGAAUAUCAUGGCGUGGAACUACGACGUGGGAACGGGCGACCUCAGGGAAUUAUGGGAUUCCUAUCCACUUCCCGAGUCGAUACUCAAUCAGGAUAUCUUAAUGAACACCAAAGAGGAGGAAUGGGGUAAUGCCGUAUGUCUGAGGAACAACGUGAUACUGAGAGAUCGUCUAAUGACGGAUGCAGCUCUCGGUGGACCACGGCCGAUAAAAUCCGAGCAUAGUUAUAGUCUUUUGGCUCCCAGUCCGCCUCCGAGCCCGGCAACGCCAGGAGAUAAUCCUCAUACGCCGAAUUCGUGUUCUGGCGCGGUUGGUUCUACAGCGACUACUAGUUCCUCCAUCGAUUUCGCCAAUCUGGAUCACAAGUCUCUCGAUAUCCGCGACAGAAUGGAUGAUAUGGAAGAAGAAUGUUUUCCGGCUAUUUCGAUAAGUAGCACUUCGAACCGUGUCGAAUCGUCAUCGUCGUCGCCGCUGACGUCGUCAUCUACCUCGAGCGCAAUCCUCAAGAGAAACAAUCUAGUACCUGAAGAUAACGAGUACCCGGAGAUCAAGGACGAACCUAUCAGCGCGCCAGCAAGUCCCUGCGCGCCUUGUCAACCAAAUUGCGAUAUAGUGGACGAUACGAGCGCGAUAACAAUGGUGUCGCCGCAGAGUCUUCAUUUUCCCAAAACCCAUCCCUCGCACACGAGUGACAGCGAAGAAGAUGACGAGGAGUACUAUCAGAAUAUGGAGAUUGAGGAGUACGGCAUGGUCUGCGAGGGGAAGGAAGCGACCUUGCACGCGUCGAGACAGGGAUUGCCGCCGACGCCGCCCAGUAGCAUAAGCUCCGACAGCGAGGGUACCGCUUCCGCUUCCUGUUCGCCCGAACGCCGAGAUUCCCAGACUUGUACGCAGAAUCUCAGAGGCUUGCUGACACCGAGGCUUUACGUCACCAACGGCACUACUCACACUACCAGACAACCCAUUCAUACGCCUCUGAUUUCCUGUCAGCCGAAAGGAUCUACGGUGUUAAUAUUGACGGAGGAAGAGAAGAGAACCUUGAUAGCCGAAGGAUUUUCCGUGCCCACGAAGCUUCCUCUGACGAAACAAGAGGAGAAAUCUCUGAAGAAAAUACGAAGAAAGAUCAAGAACAAGAUAUCGGCGCAAGAAUCAAGAAGAAAGAAGAAGGAAUACAUGGAAGAUUUAGAAAACCGAGUCACCUUGUUGACAGGCGAGAAUUCCUCGUACAGAGAGAGGCUGAAUUCUCUAGAAAAUAUGAAUCGCGAGCUAGUAAAGGAGUUAGAACGUCUUCAGAACUUGCUGCAGCUACAACAAUCUUAGAUAUAUUCAUUUCUAUUUAGAAUACCCCAAAUUUAUUUGAUAUCAAAUUUUUAUUUUUAAAAAGAUUUACAGUAAUUGCUCUCCCCAAAAAUAAUUUUUGAUCCGAAGAAUACUACACGUUUGCGAUAAUGUUCACAAAAAAUGACUAAGCAAUUUAAUAUUGUUACAAAGUUUGAAAAUUAUAAAAAGUCCUGAAAAAGAUUGUAGAUUCUCAAAUCUUUCACGGAUGCUAAUAUAGAUUUAUCUAUACUCAUCAAAUUGUUCUUCCAUAUAUUAAUUCCUUUAAUUGUUACGAGGUGAUAAAAAUGGCGUGUUUUUAUUGCCAAGUCACAGGUCAGAAUUAAAAAGAUAUAUUUUUUUUUAGGGA